ACUGCCGGUCCCGGCGUUUUCUAUCGUACGGAGACCAAAGUUUACGUUUACUGGAAUGAUAUGAGGGAUUUUGAAGGUUUAGCCAGGCAGCAAUUAUCUGUACCCAACGGGAGAGCCGAGGGGGUUGCAUCGAUGCCGACGAUUAAAACACAUCAAGGAUUUCUUAUGUGGAAAGUGAUAAGGAAUUUUGUAAUUCCUUCGUGCUGUCGAUUUUCUUUUCUCCGCUUUUUCUUUUUUGCUGUUCCUUGACGAUGAGUCAUUUUUGUGUAAUUUUCUGUAUUGUGUUAUUGAUCGAUUCUUCUGGUGUGUUUUGUGGAGUCUGCCGUUUCUGCUUAAAUAGGUAAACACUGUUUUGUGUAUGGCUACUGGAUUUUCUUUCGUUACUCGCAGACGUUCUCGAUCGCCUUUACGUUUAAUCAAUUAGCGAGUGUAUAUGUGUAUAUUGUACUUAAAUGUACACAUAUAUUACUGUUAGAGGUGGUAUUGUUUUAUAUGUAUGUAUAUACUUAAUGCACUCGCUUCGUUUAACGUGUUUUAUGCGAAUUUGUCGAUCGUUAACGAUCUUAGCAGAUCGGCUCGCUAGACGUAUUUUCGUAAUCUCGUACGAAUUUCAUUGCUUUUUUUGUGCAUCGUCGAAGGGCAAUUUGAUAGCGUUUAUACGGCAUACAGUUUAAGUAGGUUGUAUGGAAAUAGGGGCAUUGCUCCGUCGAGCGACGUUAACUUGGCAUUUUCGGAGAAGUAAAGCAGAAUUAUCGAGCCAAUUUUCAUUAUGCAAAUCUGACAGCGGUCCAGGAAAUGAACUGUUGCACACGUUUUAAGUUUACCUUUUAACGUUACGUAUAAAAUACUACGUCUUUCGAUGAUUGGGACGUUCGGCGCGGCCCGUACGAGAAAGCUGUUUCGCUCGGACGGGAGACGGCAGAUGGAGGGUGUGCUGAUCCUCACACCCUGCGAUGUGGUUGUAUAUCAGGCAGGUCAUUUCGCUCACGUGACCGGACCGCUUGUCCUGCUUGGUGUCCUACCUUGCGGCAGUCAUGUGACCAUGUCCGUGCAUCUAAACUGGGCUGGAUAACAAAGAUCAAUAGCCUGGAGCCUUUGUUCUGGUCUAGACUGGGGAGGGAAGAUCAAGCAUCUACGUUGGCAUUGUGAAAUGAAGUGCUCUCAACAUGGCUCCCCACUCUUUGUUCCCCCUUACGCAGGUUAGAUAAGUUUUGACUUGGUGCAUAAAAGUUCGGUUGACAUGUCUGAUCACUCGUCGAUUGCGUUAAUAUAUAAGAGGAAACAUGGCGUAAGUAAUUUGUCGUUACGGGAUAAGGGUUAUCGACAAAUCGCAAUUGCCAACUGUUGUUUUAUUGCCGAUACGUUUCGAACUUGAUGAUUUUUUAGUUUAAUUUAACGAUUAGUCACUUUUUAUGCUAAGAUUUAAAAGUAUCGAGCGUGACGAUUACAUAUCCUUGAAUGAUUGUUAGUAAAAUAUGGAGGGCAAACUUCCUUGUUUUUGUUGAACCGUGGUUGUUUAAAGGAUGUCCAAACGAACUCCAUGUUUGUUUGCUCCCAAAUGAAAGGAACUUUGAAACUUUUAAAUGGCCGUUUCUCAAAUGUUUUCUGUCGUUCGUGUAAUUAACACUUUAAAUUGAUUUUUUUUCUAAUUUAAUGUUUAUAAAAUAACUUUUUAAAAAUUUUUAUUUGAUUAUUUCUUAUUAAAUGAAAAAAAAUUCCACAAGUUGAGGAAACUACAAUAAUUGCUAUAGUUUGUAAGUCUGGCUUCUAAAGAAAGAUGUCUGCACAAUGUUCUGAUACUAAAAGGGAUCUAAAAAAUUACAUUAAUUUGCAUUCGGACAGCAUGAGAACUGCAUCUCGAAUCAUGACCAGUAAUAGAGAUUCUUCCUAUCAUUCUAAUUUUCCAGAAAAUGAAACAAUAGAUUUAAGUAUUAAAAGAAAGGUUCCUGUGGAACUUGAAACAAAUCUUGAAGGACCAUCAUCAUCAGGCAAAAGCAAUAAAGAAAUAGGUGUUGUUAUUAAAAAAAGAAAAUCUUUAAGUUUUCAAUAUUUGGAUAAAUCACAUGUGAGGUCUCAGCCUUCAAGAGCUGCUCGCUAUACAGAAUCAUAUAGUUUAAGUGCUAGUUCUUCACCUGAUGUAGUUGUUUUGUCUGAUGAAGAAAACAUGCAAUUAAAUGGACAUGUUAAUGGUUUUGAAAGUGAUUCUCGACCAGAAUCAUCUGAUUCAGAAGCUGUGGAAUUGCCCCUUCCUCCUUUAUCGAGAGAGUUAACAAAAGAGGAAUAUUUAGAACGACAGAAAAAAAUAUGGAAGUUACGGGAGAAAUUGAGAACUGAAGAAAUGAAAUUAGUGCUUCUUAAGAAACUUCAUCAAAGUCAACUAAUGAAAGAGACUUUAUUGAAUUCAUCAGGAACAAUUUCAGGAAAAUUAUCUUCAACAGGUCGUGUUGGAAUAGCACCCACAACUCCUCCUCCUCCUCUAGUUCGUAGCAGCCACAUGAGUUCACAUAGUAAAACAAGCAUGCAACAUCAUAAUCAGCAGUCUUCUUUAAUGGUAUGCUUUAUAAUUUUUAUAAUUGAAAUUUGUUUUGCUAUAUAAUGUAAUUUUAUUUUAAUUGAUUUUGUGCACUUUGGAUUAUUUUAUUAAAAAAUGUGGAAUUACAACUAUUUUAAAGUUAUAAAAUGAUUAAAAGUAAAGUUUGCGUUAAAGAUAAAAGCUGUAGUGUUAUGCAGUUUAAAUGGGUGGAUAUAUUUUUAUAAUA